CCACUACAAAAGUGACAAAACGCCCCGAGCCUGGAUCCAACAACAGCCCUUUCAAUUCCCGCGAGACAAUUUUCCUAAGAUACUGGAAUACUGGAAUCUUCCUCUUUUCAAAUCUGCAAUAGAAUCUUUCCGUUCCCAAAAGCCCCGGAGCUGAUUUGGCUUCAGACGUGCAACAAAACUUCUGGAAAGCUUGUCGUAUCACGGACUUCACCAGUAUGGAAGGCGGCAAUUUCGAAUUUCUUCUGCAGAUCCUAGAAGAUUAUGGCAUACCUUUCGAUCGAAAUACAAUUAAGUCUGAUUAUUCUCGCAAUCCAGCUGCAGUUGAAGCUUGGAUUUCGAAAUAUCUUGGUCCAGAAACACUUUUGACCAAAGAUGAAGUCGCAUUGUGAGCUGGCGUCUGUUCUUUCUGCGAAUCAUACUAACAAGGAAUAGAUACGAGGUACUUUCACAAUCAGAAGAUGCAGACAAGAUAGCGAAUUCCCAAGACUUAUCGAGCAUAUGUGAUUUGACCGACGAACAAUUGUAUACUGCCAUCGAAGAAUUACAAAGAUCUACUACCGCGAUUGAACAGCAGAGCGAAGCACUACGAUUACAACAAAAUGCUCUAGCUUUACUUGUCAAAAGCAAUAAGAAAGUGGGAGCAGCACGAACGGAAGCAGAUGCAAAACAGCUUCAAAAAUGGGAAGCGGAAACUAGUCAGGCAAAUUCGGCGGUGGAGGAACUUUCACAAAACCUGAUGUAUCAGUUAUCAGACUUGGAACAACAAAACAAAAUAUCACAAUCCAGUGCCAGACAGACCGUGGAUGGGAUAUUGAAGGCAGAUGAUAAAUUAUUGACAAGCUUGCAAAAGCUUGGGGAAGAGCUGGAUCCUGGCUCUUCUGAAGAUCAUGAUACUAUUGCUAGGAUAAGAGACCUUUGUGCGAGAUAUAUCAAACAUACUGUCGAUGGAGUUAGGACAAAGCUUGACCGAAUAUAUCUCGAAGCUCUUAAUAAUCCAGUUGGUACAGAUUCGCAAAACACAAACAAACAGGAAGUCGCCGAUUUACAAGAAGAGCUUGAGUCCUUAUAUUCCGAGGUAUUACCUGUGGCUCAAAUGUCUGCUGAGCAGCAAUAUUUGGAACCAGCUUUACGAGAGAUUGCCCUGAAAGGGAAUUCAGGUCAAGAUCGAGCUUAUCAAGCUUUGAAAUAUGUGAGUUUUGAUACAUCAAAAGAUGAUAUAUUUCUAAUGAUGAACUAGAUGCAAGAAUGCCUUAAUUUCCUCAUCAAGCGUACAGAGAUAUAUGCAGCGCAUAUGGAAGAAUAUCAAUGUCAUCAGAUGGCCACUAAAUUUGCAAUAGAUACCGGAAAGAAAGAGCUCCAAUAUCAAGAAGCUCCACAGCCUAGCAAAUCUGUUACGCGCCAACGACAGAAUUCUCAAGCACAAGUACAGUUCCGCAACAAUCGCCGACGUUCUUCAAUGUUUGAAGAAAUGGAUGCCGAAUCACAGUUACUUCGCAAUUUGGGCAUCACACUUCCAAAUGACAGUGACGCAGAUGACGCGCAAACUGAGUUUCUCGAUAGCUGCCUUCGUGAAAGGAUUGAGAAACUUAAGAGUCACGCGGCUAAUUUGGAGUCAACCACUGAAACCACCAUAUCCUCACAUGUGCACAAUGCCGAUUAUACAAUGAAACUACUUUACAAUGCCCUUCAAGCUGAUUCAGUAUACGGCGAGGUCCAACUACUUGAUCCAGAUAUUGUAUCAUCAUUUAACACAUUUGAGGAGGAAAUCAAGAAUUUACAGGAAAAUCUUGAAGCUGUGAAUCUACAAAGGUUGCAACUGAAGAACGUUCAUAAGGAGCAGCUGAUAAAACGUUGGUCAAGAUGACCAUUUGUCUGAGCGGAAAAGAGGGCGAGAAAGAUUGUAGCCUUGCAAAGCGGGUCGAAAGUUGGUAAUUAGGGGGAUCUUCUUCAUUAUAUCAGUCAAUGUUAGAGAUGUCUUGGAGACAUUUCUCUUAGGUUUCACAUGAUAGUGGCAGAUGUCACCAUCAUCACGUGUCUCGAAAGUUGAAGGAGGGCAUAUGUACACUCCGAAGCUUGUGGCAAUGCAAAAAUUCAUCCCGAAAUGCAAGGGCAAGCACUACACGUGGCUUACUAGAGGCUGAUUACAUCCAUGUAUGAUGGAGGCUCAUUCAAAAAAAUCUUCCUCAGAAAGAAAUUCCAUCUUGGCCCACUCGGGUCUAAUAUGUAAGACAGAAAUCGAGUCAUAUCCGCAGUCAUGCACGAGAUCUAGCAUGAUACUGUGUCCAGAAAGUCCCCAAAA